CAUGAUUUUGAAAGGGAGUACUCUAUUUGAGCUUCCCAGAAGAGCCUGUCGACUGCUGCCAGAAGAGCUUGUCGACUGCUGGAAGAAGAUUUUUGCUGCAGCUUUUUAGCCUACAAUAUAUUUCGAUUUUUAUUAUACUCAUAUUUAAAUAUGCAUUAUACUCAGUUAAAGUAAAAUUCUAGGAGUAAUCCUUAAUGUUAGCUCAUUGAUAGAGGUGUGGUAUGGUAGCUGUUAGUUUCUAGAAGACAUCUGACGGACUGAUCAAACUCUUUAUAAAGUUGUAGAAGAGUCAACUUGUUCCUGAAGAUCUCUAUCGAAACAGUCAUGGAAGCCACACUGACAGCCAGUGAGCGCCAGGUAAAGGAACAGAAAGAGCUACUGCUUUCACUGAGAGCCACAGUGGAGGAACUGAAGAGAGAGAACAGAGAGAGACCGAAGGUAGCCUUCUCAGCUUCACUGUCUGAAACCAAAGGACCAUACAGUACUGACAUCACCCUGGUCUACAAGCAUGUCUUCACCAACACUGGCAAUGCUUACAGUCCGGUGACUGGCAUCUUUAAGGCGCCGGUGCGUGGAAUCUACUACUUCAGAUUCACUGCCUUUGGAUACACAUCCAAACAUAGAAGAGUGUCCCUGUACAAAGGAGGACAACUAAUGGUGACUGUGACUGACAUUAGCACACCACAUGAUGGAGAAGACAGUGGAUCCAAUGGUGUCACCCUGCAGCUGGAAAAAGGUGAAGAGGUCUACACACGUCUUAAAGCAGAACAUCAAGUCUAUGAUGACGGGGCUCACCACACCACCUUCACUGGUUUCCUGAUCUCCGCUUAGGAAGCAGACUAACAAAAAACUAACAUUUGAUUACAAAGUCUUGUGUCAGCUUUUUUAUUCAGUAAAAUUGUUAAUGAAUAGAUGUUAACAGUUCCAGUGAUUUUAUAUUCUCUAAACUAAACUAGAAAAACAUUGAAACUAGGUUUUGAUAACAAUGUGUAAAUCCUUUACAUCGUUUUUGAUUUGCUACUGAAAUACAUCGACUGUGGUGUUUUAUGCGAUGCUUAAGACAUUGAGUUGUAUGUUUGAUUUAAAAUAUAAUAAGAUUAAUAAGAUA